AUGAAUAAUUAUACUUUAAUAUUUUUAGAUAAAGGAUCUGAAAAAAAAUAUUAAGAAUAGAAAAUAACUUAGCUUAGAAAACCAGUCUAUGUCUGUAGUGCAAUUGGAUUGUUUUUUAUCAGCAUGACUAAAAUGAUUACAGAAAUUUUAGAAGACAAGUUGAAUCAUUUAAGCAUAAUAAUUGUUACUCAAAUAUAUCUAAUAUUUUCAAUUUUCAUUAUAAAAUGGAAACCUUCAUUAAUAUAGUCUUGUUUGAUGAUUUUAAACUAUUUGCUUCUUGCAUAUUAAUAUAUGUUAACAAGUACAAUUUCUUAAGAAGCUCAUCAAUUAUUUGCUAAUAAUUUUGUAGCUUGUAACUUUAUUAUCAUUUUGGCAGUAGAUAUGUGUCAAGGAAUAUUCCUUGUAACAUCAACAAUGCUAAUACGAUUGAGUUUUGCAAUAUCUGAAGCUCAAAGCCCAUAAUAUAAUGUUUAUUUUGCUACAAUUUUACUUAUAUGCUUUCUUAGUUUUUAUAUUCGAAAGUUAAACUAUGAAAGCAGAAGUUUCUUUUUAUUAAGUUUAAAAGAUAAUUUAAUGGAAUAAAUUUUACCAAUAAUUGUAAGUAAGUCAUAUGUCUUAUUUCAAUUUGAAAGUAGUCAUUUAAGAUUUUCAUUAAUAUCAUCUCGUUAACAAGAAUUUACUUGUGAGAAUUCAGAGAAUUUAAAAUAGUUUUUAAGAGAAUGGAAUUAUAAGCAGUAAAAUCUUGAACAAUUUUGUUUUUAAGAUAUAAAACUAAAACAAUCAUAAGAAAUUAAAUCUUAUAGCAAAUAAAUUGAAAUUAAAAAAGCUCCAAAGUAGACACAAAUAAUAACAAUUUGCUUCUUUAGUUAUUAAUAACCUACAUUCUUAAUAAAAUUUGAGAAUUAAUCUUAGGCUUAAGGAAAAUUAAAAAGUUAUUUAUUUAAGACAAUUGAAAAAGAGAGAAAGAUACAAUUCAAGAUUUUCAAAUCAGUUGUAAAUAAUUUAUCAAUUUCAUUAAGAUCUGCUAAUUUAAAUCAAUUACAUUUGUUAAGAAUUUACUGCUUCAAAUAAAUUUUAAAUUACAAAAUUUUAAAUAAUUAAUUCAAAUAAUCAUACUUUGAAAUCGAUCCAAUCUUAGCAAAAUUCAAAGAGUUUUUUUAAUUUAGAUAAAUAAACUAUUAAAUAAUUCGAUCACCUGAAAGUAAGGUGCAAAUGGUUAGAACAUAUUUCUUGAGACUACUAUAUGAGAUUUUUAGUGAAAGUAAGAAAAAUUCAACAAUAGUGAUCAAUAUGGAGCAUGUUUAUGAACCAUAUAUAAGAUAUUUUGGAAAAGAAAUAAAUGAAUUUGCAGAUUAAGCUAUUCUAACAGUAGUCAGAACUUUGGUUAAAAAAAAGUAGAAGUUGAACAUUGGGAAUAAAAAAACAAUUUUAAUAUUGUUAAAUGAAGAGCCAAACUACCCAUUCUAAUAUUCCUUAUAAUAAUGA